AUGACAGAUUUGCAUGUUGCUGAUAGUAGGACGUACCUAAGUUGCGACAUGGUAUGCAAGGCUGAUUCAAAUAAAGGCAUCCUCUAUGAUAUGCACACUCCAGAAUUCCUUAAUGGCUUGAAAGCAUCUGGCAUACCUAACCAUGCUUUAACUUUAAAGGUGGGAUCUCCAGUCAUGUUGUUGAGAAACAUAGAUCACUCAAUAGGACUAUGCAAUAGCACAAGACUUAUCAUUACUAGGGUAUCAGAUAAUGUUGUUGAAGCGAAAAUUGUGACCGAUAACAAUGCUGGACAAAUUGUGUUGAUACCAAGGAUGUCAAUGACCCCCACUAAUACAACAUUGCCGUUCAAAUUUCAAAGAAGACAAUUCUCGUUAGUGUUGGCAUAUGCAAUGACCAUUAACAAAAGUCAUAGUGUUGGCAUAUGCAAUGACCAUUAA